GACAGCUGGGAUAGGCUCCAGCACCCCCGUGACCCUCGUGAGGAAAAGCAGUAGAAAAUGAAUGAAUGAAUGUUUUCUUUUUUUUUUCUUUUCUAUCCCCUCCUGCUCCGAUCCAUCUUCUAUGCUGCUUAUUCCUCCAAAUUGUCCAUAGGUAUGAAAAUUCAUAGUCUUAUGUUAUACGUAAUAUAUAUUAUGUUAUGUAUAAUAAUAAAUAGAAUUCAGCUAUAAACCUUUGGGCUACAUUCAAGUAUUUUUUGUGCAGUCAUGACUUCUUUUCACCACCAGAGGGCGCCAAAGUCUUAUGUUCUGUAUCCUAUGUGCAGUACUGUUUAUUUUGGGCCCCAUCGGAUUCCACUUAUUGUGUUUCUCCCACUUAAAAAAAACAAGAAUUUUGUAAAAGCACAUAAUAAAAAAUUCGCCGAGCCCACUGUCCACUUGAGACGGUGCUGAAAUGUUUCCGUGCAACUGCAGGUAGAUUCGGGAUGUGAACUAUGUUUUGCAUUCCAAGUGGAAUAAAGUGCCCACGAAGCUGCAUGACAUUAAUGCACGUCCUCUCCGCACGCCGGCCAAUUACUGCGCACAGAGACACGCUUAGCUUGUAUUGGUGUGCAGCCUGGUUACAGCACACAGCGUCUUGGUAUUUGUGGUUGCAAAGAACUGCAGGAGAAAGAAGACUUAUAAUUUGAAGACUUGCCAGGGGUACAUUGUCAAAAUUCAAAAGGCAUUUCAAAGACUCCAACCAUGCACUUUUUUUUUCUUUUUCCACGGAGUCUUUUCUAUGUCUCCUCCUCUCUUGCUUUCUUCUCGCAUGGUUUGAAUGGACCAAUGGGCCUUCAAGUUGGGAGACAUUGGCAUGCAAAUGAGACCAACGCGUGCUCGGCGCGCACUGAAAGCUCAGAUUGUUUAUUGAGCUCCCCGGAGCCACGCGCCUGGCCCGCGGAGGAAUCACACAGCGGGGGCGGGGCAUUGCCACGGAGCGUGCGUGGGAGGGGGGUGCGCGUCGGGGCGCGUGUUGAAAAAGAGGAGUACUGCCAACGUUUGGCUCACAUCGCCAGUCAAGAGAGACCACGUUGGACACACGGGCCUUUCCCCCCACCCCGUCUACCCCUUCCCACGCCAAGCAUCACUUGCAUAUCCAUCACAGGAGUUGUCACUGGACAUGGCGACCAUCACCACGACGCACACCGCUUUUACUUUUGCGCUCACCGAGAGACGCGCAGGCUUGAGCGCGCAGGACUGCACGCUCCCGGCCGGACACGCUAACAGCGGGGCAGCAUCAGCAGCAUCGGCGGUAGCGGCCCAUCAGAACCGGAACAAAGUGCUGAAAAGACAGCGAUCCAACUCCCCGGAGCUGCUGCGCUGCAAGCGGCGCCUCAGCUUCACCGGCCUGGGCUACUCCAUCCCUCAGCAGCAGCCCGUGGCUGUGGCGCGGCGGAACGAACGCGAGAGGAACCGGGUCAAGCAAGUCAACAUGGGCUUCCAGACUUUGCGCCAGCAUGUUCCCAACGGGGCAGCCAACAAGAAGAUGAGCAAAGUGGAGACGCUGCGCUCCGCGGUGGAGUACAUAAGAGCUUUGCAGCAGCUUUUAGACGAGCACGACGCCGUGUCGGCUGCGUUCCAGUGCGGCUUGCCGUCACCCACGCUUUCCAACACCUACUCAGCGGACCCGGAGUCGCCUCACUCCGCGUACUCGUCGGAUGAAGGCGGUUACGAGCCACUGAGCUCCGAGGAGCAGGAGUUGUUGGACUUCACCACCUGGUUCGAUCGCUACUGAGGCGGUAGCGGAACCACACCGCCGUGCGUAAAAAAGCCAGAGACUGAGACUGGACACUCCCUCCGUCAACCUGACUGCCUCUGCGAGGGAGGCAGCCGAGCAAUAAUGACAGCGGGAGGAGAAGCCGAAUGGGAUGGACCUCCAACUCCACCUCCACCUCCUUGCUGCAUACAAAGUGAAGGAGGUGAACUGUUAUGUUGACGCUGAAGUCAAAACUGCUGAAUAAGUGCAAUUAAUGGGUGACACAGCGUCCUGGAAGAUGAUGCGUCAGCAAACUGUUCUUCACAUCAUGAUGUAUACAUUUCUUAUACUGUCAUUUACUGUCAUAUGAAGACAUAUUUUUCUACACUCAUAUCUGUUAUGAAUGAAGUUUUUUAAAUGUGUGUGACCUGACAGCAAUAUCAUGGCAACUACCUGGGACAGAUUGUAGUUUAUCCUCUAGAACCUCUAGUCUGAGGUUUUUCCCCCCCUGAACGAAGACCACAUAGUGAAAAAUCCGAGGAUGCAUGCAUUGAAAAAACUCUAACAAUAUAUUUAUAGAAAAAUCAUUUUUUUUUUGUCAAAAUUUUUCAAUUUUUUUUUAGGAAUUGUAUGUCUAGAAUGAGCUGCAGGCUACACUUUUGGACACCCCCCCACUAUAGGAGAUCUUUAUUGAUGCACUUGUUCUCCGCUUCCGGUAGCCUCAAAUGUAAAUAUUCGAUUUUAACAGAUAUAUUUUGUGUAAAACCAUUUUUUUUUGUAAUAAAUAAAUAAUCUAUUUAUAUGAAAUGCUUGUGUUGGUUUGGUUCCAUCUGUGUGCACAACCUAUGGAGCGCGUCUAUACCCUAACGCCCCCGCCCCCACCCACCUUCCGCCCCUUUUCUGUGACCUUUAAUUGGGCCCUCAAUAAGAAUAAGAGACAUGCACCUUCCACCACUCUUUGUCCGCAUUCAGGGUGGGGAGAUUAAUAUUACGUUUCAUGCUUUGCAUUGUUUCAUGAGUGCACGAUUUCGCCUGGAGGGAGAGUGUUUUUCAGAGUGGGGGCGGGGGGAGAGGGGGUGCAAUUCACUCUUCUCAAAAGCCUAUUUGAAAUACGGCCCCGGGAAAGUCAGCAAGACAAUGAGUCGGGGUCAAAAUUCGUAUUGGGUUGGCUGAGAUCAAUCUAAAUAAAACCUGGCCUUGUAGACUACUUGUAUCUCCAACUGUGUUUUUCAUGCAAGGCUCAAUCACAAGCACGUCUCCUGCGAAACACGAAGCGCCGCACCCCACCGCGGGCGCCAUUGUGCUUCCUGUGCGCCUCAUUAUUUAAAUUGAGGAAGGCCUUUAUUGAAAAUGAUUCAACACAAUUACUACCAUUAAGGUUUGAUGCCGGAAAAAGCUACACGAGUUCAGUCGCUUAUCUAUCCACACUUCUGAUCCAGAUUUUUAGUUAAAAAUGGCAACAAGUUACAUUUUGCAAUGGUGGAUUUUAUUAUUAUAAACCAUUACAUUGAAAUAGUUCAUCAUUUCAUCAAUAAUGGAUGUGAGUUGAGUGACUCAACUCACAGCAUAGUGGUGGUCUUAGCACGAGUGCUCCUGGUACAGGGGAGCUGUGGUUCAAAAAGAGAAACAGUGAUUCUCAAGGAGAACAUUCAAUCACACCCUGAAGUGGACAUUUAUUGUCUGUCAUUGUGCUUUGGCUUGUUUAGCAUUAGCUUAUAUGCUCCCAUUGUAAUUGAGAAGAAGACCCUUGAGAAGAGGGUCGUGGGGGUGCUGGAGCCUACCCCAGCUGUCUUCGGGCGAGAGGUGGGGUACACCCUGGACUGGUCGCCAGCCAAUCACAGGGCACAUAUAGACAAACAACCAUUCACACUCACAUUCAUACCUAUGGGCAAUUUGUAGUAAUAAGCGGCAUAGAAGAUGGAUUGGAGCAGGAGGGGAUAGAAAAGAACAAAAAAAGAAAACAUUCAUUCAUUCAUUAAUUUUCUACCGCUUAUCCUCACGAGGGUCGCGGUAAGGUGCUGGAGCCUAUCCCAGCUGUCCUCGGCCGAGAUGCAGGGUUCACCCUGGACUGGUUGCCAGCCAAUCACAGGGCACAUAUAGACAAACAACCAUUCACACUCACAUUCAUACCUAUGGACAUGUGCAAAACAGUGCAGGGAUAAUACAAAGUGAGACAACAACUACAGCAAUAACAACAAUUUCAAUGACAUGGAAGCUUUUUCAAACCUAUGUGGGAGUUAGCCUCCGUGACAGCUUGUGUAGUUCCUUCUAUGCCUUAGUUCCUGACCAUGCCCUUAUUUUGUAGCCACUUCCUUUGUUGUUCCUUUCCUUUCUCUCACUCCUUUACUCUUUUCACGCACCUGCUUGUAAUUUUCUGUUCCCUACUUAGUUCAGGUGUGUGCUGCUUCCUUUGUGGGUUCAUUGUCUACCAUUUGUUUGGUUUGGCCAUUUACCGUUUUUCUGCUGCUGUAUGGCAAAUCAUGACACAAUAAUUUGUAAUUAUUAUUUUUACAAGUAACUUUUAUGUUGAUUGUCAGGGAUGAAUCAAAUAAUUUAAGUUGACAGUACCAAAAAUAUGGUUCCUCACAUACCUGUUAACCUCCAUUGAAAACUACCGUAUUUUGCCCUUAUUUUCCGGUAUUUACAAAGUCUAGAAAAAAACGUCCUUUCCGUUUCCUGUUGGAGCAACUCUUCCAAACUUGGGACAACAUUGUUGCAUGUCAUCCUGAAAGGCAGUGAAGUCAAGAUUCUUGUGGAAAGACCAGAAAAAAAGCUCUUAUUUAUGAAUGCAAAUGACAAAAAUAAGACAAAAAAAAAAAAUACUAAAAAAAAAUAUAUUUAGAAUGGGCAAAACCAACACAAGAUGGGAGGUUUAGAUACAAUGAUUACUUAUGUACAAUUGAUACUGAGAAGAUCUUGAGCUGUCUGACUUGCCUGGGGUUAUAUAAUUUCCAAAUCCUUGUGUUGUCUAGACUUAUGGUUUGCAACCUCCGGUUCCGAGGAGGCAAAAUGGCUCUUUUGAUGUUAAAGGUUGCCGACCCCUGGUUUCGAGAUUGACCUGCUGCAUUUCUAUCGCCCACUUGUGGUAGAGUGUAGUUUUACAUUCACUCAAAGUUUGUCCAUGUAAAUACCUGUAUUGUUGAUAAUUAUUAAUAAAUAAAUAUGAAUAAUAAUAAAUAGUCAUAUGACCUCGUACUUCGGGACGUGAUAAAAAACAAAACAAAAAAAAUUAAAAUUAAAAUGUAAAAAAUAAAAAAAACCAAACUAUAUUAAGAAAGCAGGAAGUGAACAAAUGUAACAGUUACUGAUUGUAAAAGUACCAAAUAAUAAUAAAUGGUCAUAUGACCUUGUAAUUCGGUACGUGAUAAAAAAAAACAAAGCAAAAACAAAUAAAAAUUAAAAUUAAAAUUAAAAAAAUUUAAAAAACGUAAACUAUAUUAGGAAAGCAGGAAGUGAACAAAUGCAUGUUCAAAUGAAAUAAAACCAUUACCAUAAAAAGGGGAUGGGGGUUCAUUAUCUAAUCAUAAUCUCAUUAAUAAUGAAAUUAUCUUAAUGCUGAUAAUUAUUAAUAAAUAAAUAUAAAUAAUAAUAAACGGUCAUAUCACCUCGUACUUCGGUAUGUGAUAAAAAAACAAAACCAAAAAAAAUGUAACUAUAUUCGGAAAGCAGGAAGUGAACAAAUGUAACAGAUACUGAUUGUAAAAGUACCAGAUGGAGGGGUAGGAUUUAAUAAGCUUUGCUUCUUCCUACUCCUUUUGGACAUGUGGAACUGGGAACUGAUUAUGGGAUGCGUUCAAUUGCAAUCUGAUGCAUGUUCAAAUGAAAUAAAACCAUUACCAUUACCAAAUACUGCCAGAUAUCAUUCCUAACUCGAUAUAAAGCUCACACACGCACACGCUCGCACGUGCACGCGCACACACUGCCUGCAGGUGCUAGCCACGUGGCCGCACUUGGGAGGGAGGUGACAAAAGCUCUGGUGUGUCUAUAGACUAGUGGCGCAGUCAGGAUCAAACAAGUGAUAAAUGACUGGAAGAAUAUAAUGUGUCGUAUAACCUCCUACGUCACCAAGCCUCCCAAAGACAAAUCAAAUUGGGGCGUGCGACACCCCGCAGCCCCAUUAUGACACGCUUGAUGGUGCCUCUGAUGUCCUUGAGUGUCAACCAGAGGCCAGCUCACGCAAUGAAUGAGAGCAUUUGUCCGCUGACGGAUUGAUUGAUAUGCAAUUUUCCCCUCAGCUGUAGCAGGACAAGAUGGAUUUAUUCAUGCUGUUUUGUCCUCUUGGGUCAUUUUCAUGUUGCAAAUACAAGGGACGUGUUAAUAUUAAUUCAUCAUUUGAUAAUCCAUCAUGUAUGCACGCGAGUGUGACAAGCGUCCUGUGCGUCAGUUAUUCCUGCGCAUGCGUGAGUGUAAAAUUGUUGCUGAAUAAGGGAAAACGCGUUUAUCAGCGUUUUGUGUCGCACAAUGUCAAUACAACAUAGCAUUAAAAAAAACAACAAAAAAAAAAAAACUUAAAUUGUAUUAUGGAAAGCAGGAAGUGAACAAAUGUAACGGUUUCUGAUUGUAAAAAUACUAGAUGGAGGGGUAGGAUUUAAUAAGCUUUGCUUCUUCCUACUCCUUUCGGACAUGUGGAACUAUGAACUGAUUAUGUGAUGCAUUCAAUUGUAAUCUGAUGCAUGUUCAAAUGAAAUAAAACCAUUACCAUUACCAUUAAGAAUCUAACUUAUAUCAAUCUAACUGUUUUAUUUUAAUGUAGCUUCUGGCCCCACUGGACUUUGCAGAAUUGUUGUCAUUCAGUCACAUUGGAGGGUUUUCCAGGGUUUCCAGGGUUUUCUCAAUAGGAUUCAGGUGAGGACUGUGACUUGGCCACUCCGAAGUCUUUAUUUUGUUUUUUUGUUUUUUCAGGAUUUGGAUGGCUCCGCCCACUUUGAGUGUUUCUGAUAACGGUGAUGUUUUGAAAAGCAUCCACUUUGUCCCAAAGCGUUGUUAUCAUGUCAACAUAAGGCCAAACCCGCGCUGUUUUUAUCCGUUGUCAGUUGAAAACUAACACUGAAAAAAACACAUCAUACAGCAGAUCGACACAGUGAUGGAUGAGACGUGAAAUGAUGUUUAUAGGAUUUACAGAAAAUAUGCAAUAAUUAUUUAAACAAAAGUAGGCAGGUGCCUACAUUUGGGCGACAUUUUUGUUUUAUUGAUAUGAAUAUCUUUAACACUAAUUAUUGGAACUACUGUAGUUAAGAAGGUGAGUGUGAAAGGUUGUUUGUCAAUAUCUGCCCUGUGAUUGAGGCCACCAGUCCGGGGUGUACCCCUCGCCCAGUGUCAGCUAGGGUAGGCUCCGGCACACCUCCGUGUUUGGUAUGGCAAUGGCUUAUAUUACCUCAUUAUAACACGAGACGAGACAAGACAAGGCUUUAUUAGUUGCACAAGGAGAAAUUCCAGGUUUAUAGCCACAGCUUUAUUGCACAGUUUAUUGCACAGUUACUGUGCAGGAUUUUUGUGAUUGGGAUUUUAGUGAUUAAGGCCACCAGUCCGGGGUGUACCCCCCGCCCAGUGUCAGCUAGGGUAGGCUCCAGCACACCCUCGUGUUUGGUAUGGCAAUGGCUUAUAUUACCUUAUUAUAACAUCAGUCGAGACGAGACAAGACAAGGCUUUAUUAGUUGCACAAGGAGAAAUUCCAGGUUUAUAACCACAGCUUUAUUGCACAGUUUAUUGCACGGUUUACUGCACAGUUUAUUGCACAAUUAUUUUGCAGGAUUGUUGUGAUUGUGAUUUUAGUGAUUGAGGCCACCAGUCCGGGGUCGGGGUCAACCCCCCCGCCCAGUGUCAGCUGGGAUAGGCUCCAGCACACCCCCGUAUUUGGUAUGACAAUGGUUUAUAUUACCUGAUUAUGAGAUAAGACAAGAUUUGGCCUAAUUUGUCCCAGAAGGGGAAAUUCCAGGUUUAUAACCACAGCUUUAUUGCACAGUUUAUUGCACAGUUUACUGCAUGGUUUAUUGCACGGUAAUUGUGCAAGAUUUUUGAGAUUGUGAUUUUAGUGAUUGAGGCCACCAGUCCUGGGUGUACCCCCUGCCCAGUGUCAGCUGGGAUAGGCUCCAGCACACCUCCGUAUUUGGUAUGGCAAUGGCUUAUAUUACCUAAUUAUGAGAUAAGAUGAGAUAAGACAAGAUUUGGCUUAAUUAGUCCCACAAGGAGAAAUUCCAGGGUUAUAACCACAGCUUUAUUGCACAGUUUAUUGCACAGUUUACUGCACGGUUUAUUGCACGGUUAUUGUGCAAGAUUUUUGAGAUUGUGAUUUUAGUGAUUGAGGCCACCAGUCUGGGGUGUACCCCCUGCCCAGUGUCAGCUGGGAUAGGCUCCAGCACACCUCCGUAUUUGGUAUGGCAAUGGCUUAUAUUACCUAAUUAUGAGAUAAGAUGAGACAAGAUUUGGGCUAAUUAGGCCUACAAGGAGACAUUCCAGGUUUAUAACCACAUUUUUAUUGCACAGUUUAUUGCACGGUUUACUGCACAGUUGAUUGCACGGUUAUUGUGCAAGUUUUUCCGAAGCAGUUAUAUAGUAUAUAAAUUUACUUUCAAAAGUAACUAUUUAAUUUUCUUUUCAGAAAAUGAUGUCAAACAUUUGUGCUCCAUAAUAUACUUGAAUAAAACAUCAUUUCUCAUUCUCAAAUUACUAUAAUAUUUAAUAAUAUAGUUUACCAAUUAAAAAAAAAACAAACAAGCUUUGGGCCCAAAAGGACCCCACGUGAUAUUUUGGACACACCUGCUGUAGGUCCCGUACUGCAGGAACCACACACAAGCAAAAGCCUUCAAUAGAUGGACUCCUGUGUUGACAGCCACCAAGUCACUUGUACUUUCUGCUGUAAAAAGUCAGUCUUCUGUAUUGGAGACAGAAUGAAAGAACCAUGGACGUGAAUC